ACGUGAUGGACAACAAUAAACACGCUGUUAAGAGCAUUUUUCAUAAGCCCGCUUUUCGCAUCGGAAUUGUUGUGCUUGUCGUACAUGCUGUCUGUUGGUAUGGAUGGAAUGCCACUAAUAGUGGUGCAAACAACAAGAAUGCCGCUGCCAAAGUGAACGAGAAUCACGAAAAGAUACGAGCCGCAUUAAAUGAGAAUAAGUGAGAUUUAAGCUUGGUAGAACAACCCAUGAGUAUUCGGCGUUGGAUUAUAUAAUUACUAAAAUAAUAAUAAGUGGCGGCUGUGUAUUUAAAUAUAACAAAUAAAUUUAUAAAAUGAUUUAAAGAAAUUCUGACUUUUUAAACAUUAAAUGUGCUAUGUUUCAAGUACAUUUAACAACAAAUACUCCAAAUAAAUAUAUGUAAAUAUUUACUUUAUUUACUUUCAUGCUCACGUAUGUUACAUGAAUAAUGUUGACAGCAAUUCGCAUAGCGCUUAGUGAUACAGUAAUAAACACCUUCAGAAAUGAUCAUGAGAACGAUCACAAAAUCGAUAAAAUAAACAUAUAUUUUCAAUAUUAAAACAUUUAUUCAAGUUCGAAAAAUAAAAGAGAAUGCCGGUCUCUCUUUAUGUCGUUGAGCUCAUAAGACAUGCGCAU